AUGGAUUCUAAUAAGUAAGCAAAAGGAGGAUAAGGAAUAAAAACAAAAUCAAAUGGAGGUGGCACAUAAGUUAUAACAUAAAAGUAAUAGAUAUAAUAAUAAAAAUAGGAACAAAAAAAAUAGCCACAAAAAAAAAUUCCUAAUAAACCUCCAACAAAAUUGAAAGGAGGAGUAAGAUUAGAUGGUGAAAUAGAUGAUGAUCUUAAUAUUUAAAAUGAAUAAAACUAAAAAUGGCAAUGCUAAAACUGCAAAUAUAUUAAUGAAAAAUCAUCAACAGAAUGUUAAAAAUGUGUCCAUCUUUAAAAAUUAAAAUAAGAAUAAGAAAAAGAUUAAUGA